UUUGUUCGGAAGCAUGGAUCACAUUACAAAAUUUGUUGCAACAAGAUUACCCGAGUCAUAUAAUAAAGAAAAACAAAAGAAGUUAUCAAUCAUGGUGCACGAAAUGUGUUCCGAAAUAUCACACUCAGUUGGAAAGCUUGUGUACAACAUUGGCAGGAUCGAUGAUAUUGAAGCUGGGACAAGCACGACAGAACCUAGUAAGAUGGGAACAAGCAGGCAACGUUCAAAGAGAAGAAGUAAACAAUUGGGCAGUGACAGUGAAAGCUUAUUAAGUGAAGAAGGCAACAACAGCUUACCUAGUCAAGAAGAUUCACACAAGUCGGACAGCGAUGAUAAAGACAAAGAUGGAGAUGAAUCUGAUGAAGCAGAUGAUGAUGGAGAAAAAGCGACAGCGGCAGCGAUGGUGACUCAGAUGAUGAUGAUGGUGAUGAACUGAGGAGGGAAGAUGCAGGGCGUAACCCUAACAAGCCAGAAGAACAAGGUGAGAGGGAGGAAGCGUGUACUGCUGAAAUGGAACAAGAGGAUCAAGCAACCCGUGACGGCAGUGCUAGCAAGGAUGGGGAAACACGACCAGGUGACAUAGUGGCAAGUAUAGUAGCGGGCAAGGGACAUCAAACAGUCGAGCAAGAGGGAGAUGAUGAAGAGGAAGAUAGCGAUGAAAAGGAAGAAGAUGAAGUUAGUACAGAAGAUGACGAGGAUGAAGAAGAUGAUGAUGAUGAUGUGGGAAAAGGUGGUGACAAGGAAGAAGACAAGGAAGGGGAUGGGAAUGGGGAUGGCAAGGAUGAUGAGGAUAGCAAUGGAGGUAAUAGCAGUGGCCACGGUGAUGGUGGUGGGUGAUGAGGAUACAAACCUGGGGUAGGGUCAUAGGCCUGACCUACACGUCCUACCCAAGGUCACUACCCGAGAAGAUGAAAAGACCAAGAGUUAACAGAAGAGCUCCAGUCAAGUACGUCGAGUGACAUCCACUCGACGGUCACAUCACUCGACGGUCACUACCUGCCGUCACUCGACCGUAUGGAAGGCCACUCGACCAUAUCGAAGAC